UUUUUUCGAAGUAGAUCUGACAGUUAAGGUUAACCUCACGGAUGAUCUUCGUCUGCCACGAAAAUGGAGGCCGUUGGUAAGAAGCUUUUGCAAGGCAGAUUCGCUUGUCUUGCAACGCUCCUGUUGCUGCACGGAGCUGCAGAAGAUAAUUCCGGGUUUCUUGUACCUUUCGCUGAAAAUCAGGCCGCCGCGGCCCCCGGCCCGGGCACAUCAAAACGAACAGGAACAACCGCGGCUGGAGGUCAAACUACAGAAGAGCUCGCUGCUGCAGUAGGCCAUGAAGCAGAGCCCAGCUGGAAUGAGCCUGGACCUGUAUCUGGCGGAAGUGGGUCCUCGUCUUCUCUGGGCUCAACCGCACCGCCUGGCCAAGAACGCCGCGGUUCUCCUGUGCGUUCGUGGCCCUUGUCUCCCGCUGCUCGUGGUCGGCCAACGGCUCGCCGCGGGAGCAGUAAUGAAUCGCGCUACCAGUGGGGCAAAGACAAUGCAGGACCCAGCGCGGCCGCAGAUGAGGUGAGUCCACCAGCAGCACCUGGCACCUUAGUCAGCGCAGCGGAUGCAGCUUCUCCGUACAACCCAGAAAGUCAACCGGUGCCUAGUGUUCUACCCGAGAGGCGAGGGAAAGCUUUCGCGCGGUCCAGGUCGCGUUCUAGAAGUCUUUCCCCCUCGCGUUCUCGUUCUGAAUCGCAGCCUCGGUCGCUGUCCUCUUCAUCGCGGCAGCCGAGCUCUUUGGCCAAAUCCAGCUCCUUCGGUUCAACUCCUGAACGGGGCGGCAGUGAGCCUGAGACCCCAGCCGCACGAGCGUGCGCGGAGGCCCGGUCACAGGAAUUCGACGCUGAGGCGAUGGCCCGCGGAAUUCGCAUGCCGGCCGUGGAAGAGCGGUGCGCUGUGGCGGAUGACGAAGAGCAGGAGCGGCUGA